AUGUUGCUACCACCCACACAGGGACCGGUAAACAACUAUACAGCUUGGGAUUACAAUUGGUUUCUGACUGCUGGUCCAUUAGCCUUUCUUCGUCUGGGGUCUCAAAUUUGCCCUCAAAUUCAUCGAAUAUUUUCUACUCUACUCAUUUCCGAAACCUUUGAAGAUACAGAAUCGGCCAGUAAUGCAGACGAGGCAAUUAAUGGGACUGUUGAAUGCCGGCCUUGGAUGCAUAUGCACAGUGACUCAGAACUGGCGAAUUUGGCGGACUUAGGCAUUGUUGAGGAGGAUGGGAAAACCGAAGUGAAGAAGCAGGAGUCAGAGCAGAACCCAACUGAAGAUAUUCACACUUACGGUAGAGAUAUUAUAUCUCAACAGCAAGUGCAGAGUUCCAGCUAUGGCUAUCGACAAAUCUCUCCUGGCCCUAACGUCACUGUUCUAGGGGAAGAUGAACUAAUGAUCAUCAAAGCGGACGGCUAUUCUCGGAGUGGCAAAGAGAAAUCUACGCUGGGUGGUCGGAUAUUGAGAAGUCGGUCAUUGUUUGGCGAAUUGUUGGCAAGCAGAAACAUGACGGCGAGCCUCCCCUCAAGUAUUUCAGGAAACUGUGAUUCCAGCAGCUGCUGUUUAGGUACAGAGGAGUUGGCCUCAAGGCUCAGUCUAGUGGGGGACGAGUUUGAGUCAUAUCUUCAGAGUUAUGCAACUGGAAAUACUGACUCUAGUUAA